CAAAAAGAGAGAAGGGAGGUGGCUGCUGGUUAUUGUCAGAUUAACAGCUGUUGCUGCUGACAAGUCUUUGAGACAGCCACAUAUGGAAUGGGACACUGAUGACUAAGCAUCAUCAUUAAAAAAAUAAAAAGGAAAUUACCCACCCCUUUUCCUCUGGUGUUUCUUUCAACUCUCCCCCUCCUGCCCUUGGUGAAAUUGUAUUGGUCAGGAGCUAAAGAAAAUUAAGGGAGGGAUAUGGGUACAAGGGGGGAGUCUUUGCUCUCUUCACAGCUACCAAGCAGGAGAGUACAAGAGGCAAGGGCCUCUUAGCUAACUACCCCUUGGUUUCUCAGAGCAGAGCUCAAGCUUCUUCCACCCUUCUACUCAAAACCAGAGCAUCUUACUGAAGAAAGCGGCAUUUCUCAUUCCCAUUGGAUGUGAACAAAAGUCUGAAAAUGCCUGUCAGGAGGGGGCACGUGGCCCCUCAGAACACCUAUUUGGAUACAAUCAUCAGGAAAUUUGAAGGACAAAAUCGCAAGUUUAUUAUUGCCAAUGCCCAGAUGGAGAAUUAUGCUAUCAUUUACUGCAAUGAUGGCUUCUGUGAGAUGUUUGGCUACUCUCGGGUAGAAGUUAUGCAACGGCCUUGCACCUGCAAUUUCCUCACUGGGGCUGACACCACACCCAACUCCAUUGCCCAGCUGGGACAAGCGUUGCUUGGAACUGAGGAAUGUAAACUGGAGAUCCUCUACUACAGGAAAGACACAUCACGCAUUCAUUGUUUAGUGGAUGUGGUCCCUGUAAAGAAUGAAGAAGGAAUUGUCAUCAUGUUUAUUCUAAACUUUGAGGACCUGGCAGUUCUCAUUGCCAAAAGUGCCCGACAGAGUCUACACCAGCGUCUCACCCAAGGAUGGCAUACAGAAAGUUCCCAAGCCAAACUCAACCAGAAUUCCACAUCAGAUGCAAACCUCAUGAAAUAUAGGACAAUCAGCCAGAUUCCACAGUUCACCCUCAACUUUGUGGAAUUCAACCUCGAGAAGCAUCGUUCAGGCUCUACCACAGAGAUUGAGAUAAUCGCCCCGCACAAAGUAACAGAACGCACCCAGAAUGUAACUGAAAAAGUCACUCAGGUUCUAUCACUGGGAGCAGAUGUCCUCCCAGAGUAUAAGUUGCAGGCACCACGCAUCCAUCGAUGGACCAUUCUGCACUACAGCCCCUUCAAAGCAGUAUGGGACUGGCUUAUCCUACUGCUGGUCAUCUACACAGCUGUCUUCACUCCCUACUCAGCUGCUUUCUUGCUCAAUGAAGACCAGGAGGAGAAGCAGACAGACUGCAGCUAUUCAUGUGACCCCCUCUAUAUAAUUGACCUCAUUGUGGACAUCAUGUUUAUAAUUGACAUUGUCAUUAACUUCCGCACUACUUACGUCAACAUAAAUGAUGAAGUAGUCAGCCACCCAGGAAAAAUCGCUAUCCAUUAUUUCAAAGGCUGGUUUCUCAUUGAUAUGGUUGCUGCCAUCCCCUUUGAUUUACUUAUCUUUCGCUCUGGAUCUGAUGAGACAACAACUCUGAUAGGGCUUCUAAAGACUGCACGACUCUUACGCUUAGUGAGAGUGGCCCGCAAGUUGGACCGCUAUUCAGAAUAUGGGGCUGCUGUACUCUUUCUGCUCAUGUGCACAUUUGCUCUCAUUGCCCAUUGGCUAGCCUGCAUUUGGUAUGCUAUUGGCAAUGUGGAGCGGCCAUAUAUGAAGCAUAAGAUUGGAUGGCUGGACAACCUUGGUGACCAGAUUGGCAAACCCUACAAUAACAGUGACCUCUCGUCUGGCCCUUCCAUCAAAGAUAAAUACGUGACUGCCCUCUACUUCACAUUCAGUAGUCUUACCAGUGUGGGCUUUGGCAAUGUCUCACCCAAUACCAACUCUGAAAAGAUUUUUUCCAUCUGCGUCAUGCUAAUUGGCGCUCUCAUGUAUGCUAGCAUUUUUGGCAAUGUUUCUGCCAUCAUCCAGCGCCUAUACUCUGGCACAGCUCGCUACCACACCCAGAUGUUAAGGGUCAAGGAGUUCAUCCGUUUCCACCAAAUCCCCAAUCCUCUACGCCAACGCCUUGAAGAAUAUUUUCAACAUGCCUGGUCUUACACCAAUGGUAUUGACAUGAAUGCGGUGCUGAAAGGAUUUCCUGAUUGCCUACAGGCUGAUAUCAGCCUCCACCUCAAUCGCACCCUUCUCCAAAAUUGCAAGGCCUUCGGAGGAGCUAGCAAAGGCUGCUUACGUGCCUUGGCAAUGAAGUUCAGGACAACACAUGCCCCUCCUGGUGAUACCCUGGUGCAUUAUGGAGAUGUCCUUACCACUCUUUAUUUUAUCUCACGUGGCUCCAUUGAGAUCCUCAGGGAGGACAUAGUGGUGGCCAUUCUAGGAAAGAAUGACAUUUUUGGAGAGCCUAUCAGUCUCUAUGCCAGACCUGGAAAAUCCAAUGCAGAUGUGCGAGCCUUGACUUAUUGUGACUUGCAUAAGAUUCACCGGGAAGAUCUCCUGAAAGUCUUGGAUAUGUAUCCAUCCUUUUCAGAUAACUUUUGGAGCAAUUUGGAGAUAACAUUCAACUUGAGAGAUGCAGAUAGUAUUCCUCGUUCUUUCCUCAGUGAAGACUACACAUGCAACUAUCGCCAAACACGUCAUCAUAAACAUUCCCCCUGCCAAGCUAAUAAAAUUGAUUCAGAUAGCAUGGAUGCAGGCAACUCAGACUUGGAGCAAUGUCAUGGAUACUCUGAAUUUACACCAGUGCAGCAUCCUGACAUACACAGCACCACAACAUCCUGCUCCCAAAUGAGUGAAGAGGAAGCCAAGAUGCCCAAUCCCAUCAAGGUUGAUCCUUUCACAGAUACUGAAAACAAUGAUUUUGCCCCAACUGUGGUUAACCUGGUCACUGAUGGCACCAAAGCCAGUCAACUGGUAACUGAAGAAAAUCUAGCCUACGCAGCAACAUCACUGGAUGUUUCCAACCUGUUCACAUUCUGGGAGAAAAAAAAGCCCAGUCUCUUAUCGGAGCCUUUCCAGCACAUCUCCUUGGUACAUAGCCCAUUGGGCACACCUCUAAACCCUGAGGAUGGACCACGGCAGAUUGAAGCAAAGCUGGAAUGCCUGCAGGCACAGCUUAGCAGACUAGAAUCCAGGAUGUCUUCCGACAUUAAUCUCAUUCUGCAGCUGCUACAGCGCCAGCUGUCUCAAGUGCCACCUGCAUAUAGUUCCAUCUCGCCUUCCUCCCGUAAUUUGUCUCUGUAUAGCAUGAACCUAAGGAACACAGAACCUGAGCCAUCCCUGGGAGAAGAGGAACUGACUCCCCUGAAAGAGAUUCCAAAUUAUUGUGAAAUUGGGAAAAAAACAGUAAAAUCUAGGAAUUUGUUGCCAAGUGGUUUACCCCUGUCACUGGCUUUAAAUGAUACUGUAGCAAUCAAUUCCCAGCAAGAGCUUUAUCCACAGUUCCUGUCAAAACAAGAACCUCACUGGAGGAUACCUAAUAACCAGAAACUUUUCCAAGGAUCUCGUUUCCAUUCUCUCCCUGAACACCUUGAGGCAACAUCUGAGCAUUUGGACAUUCAGAGACAUCUCUCUGACCCACUCCUUCCUAUAGUUUAGGAAUCCAAGUGCACAGAAAGCGAAGCGAAGAGGAGUUGAAUUGAGAAAUCGUUUAGUAUAGGGUUUACUGCUUACACUUGGAGGACAUUUCCAGCGUACUGUAACUAUGUUCUGCUCUCUGAGAAAAGGGCAAUUUAAAAGAGAAUUGACUUCAUUGAUUCCUAACACAGAGAAAUCAAAUAUCCCCCCUCCUCUCCCCCCUCUUCCAGGAACAAUGACAUAAACAUGCUGAUAGACUUCCUUGGUUGCAUAGCUGUUGCACUUAUACAUCUGCAAAUGCUCAUUCUGUGCUUUUCUGCUCAAACAGAAAAGAACAGAACAAGAUGUAAAAUCAACCAAUCAGCAUGAAGGGUGCACACCUCUGCAAAACACAAUUGGUAUUUGGAAGAUGUGUGUGUUGGCCUGUCUGUAGCCAUCUGUAACCUACACUUACACAUCAUCCACACUUUAGGUGUGCUGUGACACUACGUGUAGUUGUGGGUAGCUCUAAAUCAACUCGGAUUUGGCAUGCAUUAACAGCAGAUCCUAUGAAUGCUGAAAGUUUUACCUAUCAGUAUUUUAAAUACCUAAUAAUAGUGAAAAGAGGAACAUUUCUGUAAAAUAAUAAAGAAAUAACAGUAAAUGUGGCCUGGAGGGGAAAUUGCUAAGAACUUCACAAAAUUAUCACUGGGUUAGAGGGUAUCAGGAAUGGAUAUUUCUUUUGUUAAUAGUUACAAUUAAUAUUUUAGGAUUUUAUUAAUUAUGUGUGACCCUAGGAAGGAUGAUAUAAUUUUUGCAUAUAAUGAUUUGUCCCCAAAAUAAAGUGAGAUUAUAAAUUCUAUUUUUUUCUUGUAGGGAUGUAAAUAUAAGGAAGACCAUUCAAUGAAAGUAUAAAAUAUGCAUUGUAGUCCUUUGUAGAAUGGUGAACUGCACAUCUGAUUGACUCUGUUUUUGUUAACAGCCCUUCUUAGUCUCUCUUCUUAAUUCUAUGACACUCUCUCCUUCAAUAAAUUAAGAUGUACACUUUGGUAUGUAGUUCCAGUUCGAUAUGUAUUUGUUAAAAAGGAGAGCCUUACCAAAUUUAGUUAAACUAAACAUCAAAUAAGGCAGAGGAUCACAUUGACAGAUGAUGUAAAUUUGUUGUACAGUAGUGUGGGAUCUUAAGUAUCCUGUAAUAAACACUGUUGAGCAUAGUCUCAUAGAGAAAUAUUUUCCCACAUUCUAUCUAGUAAUCUAUAAAGUGGAAGUGACGUUUUUCUCCCAAGACUCAGAAAAGAGCCAGGAGCAAUAGUUGAAUUCCAGAAGUAUCUUUCCCAGGUUUUUGCAAGUCAAGAUUUAUGUAGGUUUGCAUUAUGUUUUAGGAAAUGUGAAGAUUACUUUAUGCAUUUACAAUGAACAGUUCCUUUUGGAUUAAAACUACCCCAGACAUUGCUUAAACCACUAUGCAAAAUAUAUGUAUGAGUAACACAUUUUGUACAAAUUUGCCUGAUAUAAGCACAAUUUUAGAAUAUCCUCUUAAGAAGAAAAGCAAAUCAGAUUACACUUUUUGUAUGAGUGUCAUCUUUCUUUUUGAUGACAUUAUAUGACAGCACUCCAUAAAGAACUAUUGUACCCAAAUCCUCUUCCUCUCCACUAAAUGCUGCAAUGGUGUGAGGUCACGUUCCCAGAAAAAUAUAUUAAAUCCCCAUCUUAAGUAGCAGGGGGAAAAUAUAAGCAUUUGCCACCCCCAAGAUGUUAAUUACUUUGCUAAUAAAGAUUAUUUUGACACCUA